UUUGAUUCAUCAUACUUUAUGUUAACAUAUGAUAUAUGUUUCUACAUGUUUCAGUAUCGCCAGUCAACAUUUAUUCUAAACUUUUUCUCUCGGCAAAUUGUGAAUAUGACAUUAGCCAAGGAAAUGAUACAAGUAAUUUUUGUCCAGGAUAUUAUGACUCCAUUGAGACACCAUACGAAGGGAGCAAGGAGAGCAAGCUUCAGGAUAUGUCUGAUGUGUUCUGUGCAUACUGUUCUAAACAAGAUCUAACUUGUCUACAACUCUUUUGUGCCCCUGACAGACUGAUAGUCUCUGUUGCUAUGACGAUGAUGUCAUCAUUCUGUGAUGGUAUACAGAAUACUUUCCCUUCAUGCUACAGUGAAUUCUGCUCAAGCUCUGUAAGCAAGCGGGAAGCCAAUCAACAAACAGAUAGGUUAGGUACCAGUAAUGAAUGUACCCCAACUUCUGAUUGGAUAUCUGUUGCGGGAAUGGACCAAUGGUGUCAGAGUAAUUGUGCAGGAGGCAAUGAUCCAGACAAAUGUCCUGAAAGUCAUUGUACAUGUCCAGAGAUAGAAGAAACAACAGCCACAGUGACAACAGUAUCUGCCAACAAUCUGGGAACCAGUUGUCUACAAUGGGAAGCUUCAGUAAUUUGGUCAGGCGUUCCUGGGAUGGAUUCCUGGUGCCAGUUGUCAUGUACACGUAGUGGACAGUGCCCUGAAUCUCACUGUCAGUGCAAAGAAAAUUUACCUGUCACUUCUACCCAAUCAUCUACAAUAACCUUAUCUUCUCCUUCUGCUUCUUCUUCAACAACAAAUGUUGAAUCACAAGGUGUUGUUAGUCAGGUAGUGUGUGACCAUGCUAACACUGUGAACCAUAAUGUCCUUACUGACAGAUACUGUAACCAACAAGGUACUACUGACUAUAAAGGAUAUAAUAAUGGAAUUCUAGAUCAAGUUCUUAGUUUUGCUCCAAAGAUUUUAUGUGCAUUGACAAAUACAGCGGGCAGAGGUGAAACCUGUCCUAACAUGUUCUGUGGGGAAAAUCCAUUGUCCCAGCAACUUAUCAAGACAAGUUUGUGUUCUGUAUGCCAGCAAUUCUCUGAGACCCUUGCCCCAACCUGUGCCAUGGCUUAUUGUUCAUAAAGAUCAACAAUGUGUCAUGGCCUACUGUUCAUAAAUACCCAUAUAAUUUACCAUGGUUUAUAACUUUAUAGUUCAUAAAUGUCCACAAUUUACCAAAAUUGGCUUAUUAUUUUCAAAUAACUAGUUUGUCAUAAAUAUCUACCAUUUGUCAUGAGGUAUUGUGAAUAAAUAUGCACCAUUUACCAUGGGGCAUUAUCCUUAAAUAUCCAACAUCUGUCAUGGGCUAUUGGAUAUAAAUAUUCUCAGUAUGCCAUGGGUUAUUGUUAAUAAAUAUGCAUUAUUUGCCAUGGGGUACUAUCCUCAGUAUACCAUGGAGUUAUUAAACAUGUAUCAUUAGCCAUGGGGUUUUAUUAAUAAAUAUCCAACAUCUGCCAUUGGGUAUUGGAUAUAAGUAUCCUCCAUAUGCCAUGGGGAUUUUCAUGGUGUUCUGCAACUUACUGUACAUGAUAUCCCAAAGUUUGCCAUGGUUUAUGCUGAUCAACAGGGUGUGUCAUUAAAAAUUACUUUUUGAAAUUUCUGUGUAUCUGGAUUUACAAAAAUGUCAAUAUUUUUUUAUAUUAAAAAAAUUGUAUGUUUAUUUGGAAUGAAUUGGAGCCUCAUUUAGUCCAAGUUUUUAUAACAACACUUACUUUCAAACAUGAUUGUGUAAAAGGUUUUAAAUAAGGGAAAAGAAAAUCACCUGUACCAAUUAUUAUUGUAAAUUAUAUACUGGCAUGCGAGCAGUUCCCGUACAAAAAUCGUAGUUAUUUAAAUAUUACUAUCUAUUACGCUCACUCACCAAAAAAUGAAUGUUACACAUCAAAAUUCGGCUCUUCACACAUAUUAUGGAAAUUCCAUUAUGUUCUAAACACAGAAUAACUCUUAGUUAUGAGGCCUCAUAUGGGGUACCAAAAUUAUCCAUUAUUUUGUAUGAAGAGAAGUAGUUCCCGUACAUAAAAUAUAACCCAUUAUUAUUGUACAAUGUUGUUAUAUAUCGGACCUAUUUUUUUAUUUAUAAUUGUUGUAGAGACCAUUAUCCCAGAGGUAAAUAGAUGUAAUUAAGGAGUUAGAGCAUAGACUAAACGCUGAUAUCUAUUACCUGGUACCAUUACCCCCAACGCAUUCACAUGCAAUGGCAUCCUUGUAUGCAUGAAAUUUUACUCAGUAAAGCCCUAAAAUUAUUUAAUAUAGUAAUAUAGAUCAAAAUUCUGAUAAUUAAACAGAUUUUCGUCGCACUGCCUACUUAUCUGUAUAUAGGUGGUGCAAGUGGAUAACCCUUUAAGAGGCCUCACAUGUAAGUAUGUGUGCCCAUGCGCGCGAAGUCGGAAUCCCCCAAAGUUAACAAGGUCGCGUUUUGACAACGCACAGGUGAAAGUGAUUUAAAAUGAAAUUUUUUUAUACGUACUGUCGAGCUGACACUUAGAUUUUGUGUCGUUUAUGCAUCUGCUUGAUUUUAUAUCAAUUUUUGAAGAAUGCAAGAAAAAAAUCAAGCGUUUAAACGAAAAAAUACGGGUACUGCUUCUGUACGGG